AUGGCCUCUCUUUUUACUUCAUACCUUCUUCCUUUAGUACUUGUCGCAAACAUUUUCAACUUUCAAACCUCUUUAUCUGACACAAGAGCAGACGAGGCAUUAAUAGCAGGUAUAUGUAGACAAGUACAAGAUCCUCCAUUUUGCUUAAACACUUUUAGAAAAAUUUUAGUCCAUCCAUAUGUCCCUGAAGAAGUAACACGAGCUACUAUUGCACAAUCAUUACAAAAUGCUGAAAACAACCAUGCUUUCAUAGUGGCAGCUAAAGCAGCCGCAAAAGACAAAGAGACGAAAGACUUGUAUGCUAUUUGUGACGUUGGUUAUGGAUUGAUGAUAACAAUUCUCAAAGAUGCUGCUCAAUCAUUAGCUAAAAAGAAUUAUGUUGUCUUGGAAAAUGACCUUUCAAAGUGUCCCAGAUUUGUUAGUGAUUGUCAAACUGCACUUGGUAGCAAGACGACACCUGAUAUGUUAGAUAGAAGUAGGAAACAAUUCGAUCUACUAAUAAUGUCAAAAGCUGCUGAAGCCCUCAUUAAGAAAUAG